AACCGCGAAAUUCAAGCGAUUUAGGGAGCAUAAAUCUAAACUUUAUAGAAAGGAAUGUGGUGCUAACUGAGGAAGGAUAAUGUGAAAGGCGAAAUAUUCGCAAAGUAGUUUAGUGCGCAAGGAUGUAGAGAAAAUGGCAUAGACAUACAAUUCACUGUGGUGUCAUAUUUGGUCAAGUGCAGUUUUCAGUGGAUUCUCAUUGUGUACAAAUGGUGCGGAUGAAUGAAUAGCGUUGGAAUUUGGUGAAAAAUAUAGUUGUUAUCCUUUGGAAGGAGUAGCUCAUAAAGGAUACAUCUGUAUUAUAUACAUCUCAUAUUAUAUGUAGGAAAAAAGUUUUAUAUAAUGCAAACGCUGGAAAUCCGCCUAAAUAAGUAAAAAAAAACACGAAGUAGUGUUAUGUACAUACAUAUAUCGUUCAUAUAUAUAUGUAUAUAUAAGUGUCUCUUGUGUAUAAAAUAACUUACUUUUUGCGGUUUGCUUAAACAAGCGAGUGCGUCUCCUAAGGGACUGAAAGGAAAACUUUUAUAUUGCAAAUGUGUAUGUGCAUGUGAAAUCCAAGUGACACCCAUUGCUAUAGAAGCGAAUUUCAUGAAAAAUCGAUAUUUGCCAAAAAGGAAACGGUCAGCCGCGUUUUAGGUAAAUUGGGUAUAUGUACGCCUCUAUUUGGUGUAGUUGCAAAAACAAAAGCGUUGUCAAUACAAAUUUAACAGAAAUAAUUACUUAAACAGUAAAUAACAAAUAUAGAAGUUACCACGUACCACCAGAUUCCUCGUUCUGUAAAUUCAUUGUCUACUUAAACUGCCUAUUUCUGUGUAUGCAAAUUUUUUACAUUACACAUUACUACAGAUGAGUCAUGUGCGUCCAAAACUAUUUAAAUAUUUUAAAGAACUUUAAAAUAACAGUGUUUUGUGCGAAUCGUAAAUCAAACGCUAUUUAGUGCCCUAAUUGGAAAAUAAAUGUGAAUGUGUGUUGGCGAGAUUUAAAGUCCUUUCGGUUAUUAUUACAAUUAUAAUUAUAGACUUGAUACUACGUGUGAAAACAAAAUGAAGACGCGUCUUGUUUCGUUAACAUACCGCGGCAGCGCCUCUGUGGAUCCGCGCUACUCCGCCGCAAUGUUGCCAUGGACCAUAAAUGAUAUUCGCUCCACUGAAAGCUACUCGAAGCUCUCCGUUGGCAUCGAAAAUGGUGUGCUCGAGUCAUAUAAUUCCGAUUUCGAACUACAAUUCAGUCAUCCGCUCAAGCAUAUUGUCGGCAUGUGCCGCAUCGUACACAAGCAGAGCAACACGAAAAGCGCCGGCAACGGUUUCCUCCAGUUGAAAGCCUUCACCAGCGUCGGCAGCGCCACAAGUAGCAAUGCGAAUGGUUUAAAAACGAACGGCACAGGUGGUGCCUUAACCACCUCCACUUCAUAUGGUUCGCUAUCCUCGAGCGCAGCACUGCGCGAACGGGAGCGUGAACGCGAACGCGAACAGGCGUCGUUGGCCGCUGCAAAUGGCGUCGAUGGUGGUACUAAUGAGCCAGUUAAUGGCGGAAAUGCGAAUAAUUUCAUGGAAUUUCUCGGUCCCAUCACAGGCCUCGUGUACUUGAUGAAGGAUCCGCGUGACCCAUUAUUGCAUAUUUAUCUAUUCGAAUGUGAAGCGGUUGAGGAGAUGGCCGAGCUCAUGCAUCAAAUGCGUGAUCCUGCGCACACACUUGGCGGCUCUGUGGGCAGCAUACCGCAGACCUUUGUCGCCAACGGCUCCAGCAAUGACUUGUCCAUGCAACGCGCACUCACUGGCAAUGGCAUACACGCCACACCGGCCACCAAUCUCAAGCUCAGCGAAGCCGUACGCAAUGCUCAACACGAUGCUAGUCCCAAUAUUAUUUCGUCUAAGAUGAAAUCGUCUAAAUCGUAUACGCAUGGCUUGAGCAACUCAGCGGGCACCGUGCACAUUCCGACAUCUACCUCCGCGCAGAGUAAUCUGUCGUUGCUCGCCGAUAUCUCACCCAAUCAUACACACUUCUUCGAAGUCAUGUAUGUGGGUAAAAUACGUGUGUCACACAAGCGCGUGCCCUUCUCAUUCAUCGAUGACGCCCUACCCAAGUUCAAGGCGUACGACGCGCAACGUACACGUCUCAUGCAGUUGACCGCCACCGCCACGGCCAGCACAGCAACAACGGUAGCAGCGUCUAAUCGCAAACUCUCCUUGAAUGUUGAGACCAACAAUGUCAACACGCACGCCAAUAGUAGUACCGUAACGUUCGAUCUGAAAACCGUUUCGCUCAAAGAGAGUGAUGCUGAAGAGUCAGCGGCAGAAAUGGCUGAGGGCGCGGGCGCAGAAACAGAAGCCGAAACCUCGACGGAGACUGAAACGGAAGCUGAACAGCAGGAUACAAUGCCAGGCAAGUCGAUGAAAGACAGUCUUACAGAGGAAGGCGUUACACAAAUCGUUGGAGAUGAGCAGAACACAUCAAACAAAUCGAAUAAAUUACCAAAACGAUUACUGCGCGGCAUUAGUCAGACUGAACUUCCUGUGAAAAAAGAUGCAACCACAGAAGAAGAAAAAGUAGCAGGUCCAAGGACAGAUGUGCCACUUGCACCGAAUGUUAUAAUCAAUAAACAUCCAUCACCGCCACGUCAAGCGCAGGAGGUAGAGGCUUCCAAAGAGCAAGCGAAGCAACAAGAAAAAACGAUAACAACAACAACCGAAUCUGAUGAAACUCAACAGCAAGUGCUCAAGAUACCACAACAACCAACCUACGCAACGCUCGACACCGUACCAAAGCAACGCGAUCGCUCCGCCUCAUACGGUUGUAUUCCUCCAUUUGUAGAGCAGAACCGCACCAUGGUCUUUCUUGUGGGGCGUUCUGAUUUACGGCUCAUCUCGCCAGAUCGCAAACAAGUGUUGCUAUACAAGGACUUCAAGGAUGUCGCCAGCUGCGCGCAGGGACAAAAGAAUCCCGAUCAUUUUGGCAUCAUCUGUCGUGAGGUGCAUAAUGAUGGCUACAUAGGUUAUGUAUUUAAAUGUCAGUCGGAUCAUGUGUGCGACGAUAUAGUGGCGGCCAUUUCGCAAGCGUUCGUCACUUGCGCAGAACAAAAGAAAAAGGAAGCCACACAGAUCUUCUCGUGUGAACACUGUCCCAUGUUAUGGUAUCACAAACUCUGUAGUGAUGUUGAAGGUUUGAGUGAGAAGAAAACACAAGCGAUGAUAUUCCGUCGCAUAGAAUCGCUUACCGACGAUGAGCAGGACAUGAUUUGGGCCAAGUACUAUGGUUCGGAGAAGACAAGCUCACCGCUGUCGGAACAAAAUCAAUUUUUAAUGAUGCUCUUACGUGCGCAUUGUGAGUCACGUCAGCAAAGGCAUGUGCAUGACACUGCUGAGAAUCGUUCAGAAUUCUUGAAUCAAUACUUGGGCGGUAGUACGAUUUUCAUGAAAGCCAAACGUUCACUCACCAACUCAUUUGAUCAUCUGUUGAAACGUAAAGCAUCCAAGGAUGACAUUGGUAUAGCGCAUGAUCUGCGCGAUCAUCAGAUACGUGAGAAAUCGGCCGAGCCGCAUCCGGUUAGUCGCAGUGGCAAUGAGACACCACCAGAGGGUUUCCGCUCCCGUUCAAACACAAUUGGUAGCGCAAGUCCGAGCAAACCGAAUGCGGAGCACUUAAAGAGUCCUAUGAUGGAUAUUUUCAUUAAAGUUGGCAACAGUCCCAAGGAAUCUGAAGCACACAAAGCUUCAUGGCGUCACGCUAUUUUAAAUAGCGUAGUAACACCAUCAAAGGGCAUGGAUGGCGAUGCGCAGAAUGAAUUUAUGUCACCAAUGAGGAUCACAAAACGCAUACGCGGCAAACGAUCACGUGAGGAGCUCCGCGAUCUCUGGAAGACCGCCAUACGUCAGACCAUACUGUUGAAUCGCAUGGAAACCGAAAAUGCUAUGUUGCAGGCGCGUCAAAACGAAAAUGAGCUCAAACGCAUCAAACUCGACUAUGAAGAGAUCGUGCCAUGCGACAAACAGCUGAUCGAGCGUUGGGAGCAGAUCAUUGAACGUGACUCCAUGAAAAUCGCCAAUAAGAAGGAUCCGAAAGUACUGGCACAAGCGAUUAAAUGUGGUGUGCCACGUUCGAAACGUGGUGACGUUUGGACCUUCCUCGCCGAUCAGCAUUCCAUGAAUACAGCACCAGUGGAUACAAAGAAAUUUCCCAAUUUCAAUACGCCCUACCAUACUUUGCUGAAAAAUCUCACCGAACAUCAGCAUGCCAUCUUUAUCGAUCUGGGACGCACCUUCCCUAAUCACAAAUUCUACAAAGAUCCACUAGGUGUAGGGCAACUGUCGCUAUUCAAUUUGCUGAAAGCCUACUCCAUACUCGAUCCAGAGCUGGGCUACUGUCAAGGUUUGGGUUUCAUAUGCGGCAUAUUGUUGUUGCAUUGCGAUGAGGCGGACGCUUUUCAAUUGCUCAAACAUCUCAUGUUUCGCCGUCAGAUGCGCACGAAAUAUUUGCCGGAUAUGAAGAAAUUCCAAUUACAGUUGUAUCAACUAUCACGACUCGUCAAAGAUCACUUGCCAGAAUUAUACAUUUGGCUCGAUCAGAAUGAUGUCUCGCCCACUCUGUAUGCCGCACCCUGGAUUCUAACUGUAUUCAGCUCACAAUUUCCAUUGGGUUUCGUGGCACGUGUUUUCGACUUGCUUUUCCUCGAGUCAUCGGAGGUGAUUUUCAAAUUCGCCAUCGCUCUACUGAGUGUGCACAAGGACGAGUUGCUGGCCCGCGACAACUUUGAAGAAAUUAUGGAUUAUCUGAAAACGGUUGUACCGAAAAUGGAAGCGCAUACAAUGGAGAAAAUAAUGAAAUUGGUAUUCACUUUGGAUGUCAGUAAGCAGCUGACCGAAUAUAAUGUGGAAUACAAUGUAUUACAAGAAGAGAUCUCAACAGCAAAUCACCACUUGGAGAUGUUGAACCGAGAGAAAACACGUAAUAUGCAUCUCGAACAGCAACUGCAGUUUGCUCAAUCGUCGAUCGCACAGUUGGAGAAGACACGCUCCUCUCAGCAAACACAAAUCACCUCGCUGCAAACACAAGUACAAUCGCUGGAGUUGACCAUACAAACGCUCGGUCACUUCGUCACUCAAUUGGCCGAACAAAAUGUUGAACUCGAAUUGCCUGGUGACGUGCGACGCAUACUGCAACAACUGGACGAUUUGGAGCGUCAACGGCGCCGACCACACUUCACUGAACGCAAAAUUGGUAAAUCCGUGUCGGUCAAUAGUCAUUUGGGGUUUCCACUAAAGGUGUUAGAAGAGUUGAACGAAAGAGAAGAACAUGGUUCGCCACAAAAGAAGAAGGAGAAGACACCUUUUUUUGAGCACACCUACGAACAAUUGCGACAACAACGCUAUGCACAACAACAACAGCAACAAAACGCGCAAACAUCACCAACAACACAACAGCCACGAAAGUUAUUAAAUAGCGCUAGCAAUUCGCUGGACGACAACCAAUACCAAACACAAACGCAACAGCAACAGCAACGGCCAAAUCGCCUACUUGACUCGGCAGACAUACAAACAAAGCCCACAGAACUGAAGUUGCCCGAUCAGUCGGAACAGCCGUUCGAUAGCGCCAACAUACGCAGCCCACUUGAGGUGGACAGCGGCGUGGGCACACCACUCAGCCCGCCCAGCACGAGCAGCAACAGUAGUAGCAGCGGUCUCAGUACAGGCUCCAGCAGUGGUGGCAGUCUCUUCAGUCGUAUGGGUUACAGAAAUACACCAGCGGCACUAUCACCGUUAAGUAGUCGGCAAACUUUGUAUGGCGCCGGCAGUGUGCCAGCAACAACAACGGCUGGUGGCAAAGUCGUGCCAGCUGUCGCGAUUAUUGCGCCCGCCGAGCAACCACAGAUGGGUACAGAAAUGCAUCCGCUCAGCAUGGUUGGUGAGGUGAAUGUGCGUUUUAACGGCACAACACAGCUCAAAUCGAUAAGGCCCGUACAUCAUAUGCGUCCGAUGGCCACUGUGGCAGCGGGUGUAGCGGCAGCGGCUGCAUCGGCGCUGCAAGAGCAACCAGUGAAGACGGCGGCCAGCGAGAUCAGCAGCAGUGAGGCAAUAAAUAGUGAUGCGGCUAAUGGUCGCAGCUAACGGUUUUGAUUCAUAGCGAAAAUUUUGCGUAGCUUCUAUUAAGGCAACAAUACAACACAUGAAAGAUACAGAAAAAACAAAAAUAGACGAAAAUAGAAAAUAAAGUGAAAACUGCGGUGUUUUUCCAGUUUGAAAGCGGGCUGCAAAAUAAAGUGGUUAACGUAAUUGACAAAUUUUUAUAAGAAAAUGCUUCUUAAAAAUCAUAAAAAUGCAUACCUUCUUGACAUCAAAGUUUUGUUGAAAGAUAAAGUUAAAAUUCUGAGAAUAUUAUUCUAAGUUCGAUUUACAGUUUCAUAUUAUCCUAGAAAAUUAUGAGUUCCCUAGAUCUCUAAGCUAAUGCAAGCAACGGCUAAUGGAUGUUAUCAGCAAUUUUUCCAAUAACAAUAUAUUAUAUAUGUAUGUAUUUCGCUUUCAAACUGAGACUGAUCGCAGUUGGAGCAACCAAAAAAAUCUUUAAGCUUUAUGCGCUUAAAAGAAAUCUAACAAAAAUUCUACAGUUUCUGAAUGAAGAACUGCUUUCAAAUGCCGCUAACAGAAUUGAUAACAUUAAUAA